AUGGACAACCGCCUUCAGCCCGCCUACCACAAGGCACGACGAGCCACGCGCUCCACAGAUUUCCGCCAACACCGACGCCAACCAAAAGUAUGGACGGACAAGGCCAUCCGUCGACUCCCGCCCCGGCGCCACAGGACACCCACAGGAAUGUACUGUGCAAGUGACGAGCUCCUACAGGCGCUCCACGGCGCCGGCCCAAGCCAGCCGCGUCCCAGAGGCAGCCUCGUCGCCCAUAGCGCCGGCCCCUUCCGGCCACGGGCUCUACCCGUCGAGGGCGUCACCAUCGACGCCGACAACACGGAGGAGGCGAACACCGGCAACCACGCCGGGCCCCGUCGGCCCUCUACCGAGGGGAUGCCACCAUUGGCGUCCCAGCACACCAGCCCCAUCGGGCCAUCACUGCUCCCUCUGGAAGUCGCCCACCACCAUGGCGAUGACGAGGAGGGAGUGGGCCACAUCGACUACGCCGAACGGCCAUUAUCUUUGAGGGGAGUGCCACCCCUGGUACCCCUGCUCACCGGCCUCAUUGGGCCUCAACGGGCCCCUCUGGAAGUCGUCCCCCGUGACGAUGACGAGGAGGAGGCCCACCAGAACGACGACGCUGGACUCCACCCAGCACCCUUAAGGGGCAUGCCGCUCCAGGCACCCCUGCGCACCGGCCACAUUGGGCCGCAGGCACCCCCUCCGGAAGUUGCCCCUCCCAACGGCAAUGCGGCCGCCGACGCCGAAGACGUCUGGAACCAAGCCGUCUCCCUGUCAGACGAUUGGUUCAAUUUCGACCGCCUGGUACAAGACACACUGGGCGACCUCUUCAGCACCAUCGAGGAUCCAGACGAGGCAGCCAUAGGCCUGGACCAAAGGGGCCCACCGCGCGCGGAGCCGCCGGCAACAGGCUCUCUCGGCCCUCUAGGCGCUGUGUACGACGUCGUCGAUGACGAGGACAGCAGCGUUGGCACCCGUCGGAACUACAAUCCGACCGGCGAGGACGAUGACGAUAGCGACGCGACCGUCCUAUACAACCCCACCGCGGAGGACAGUCGCGACAUCCGGAGGAGGCGCACCACACCGCCUCACCCCAGCACCCGCCGGACUCCGCCAUAUAUGGGCGAAGUGGAAGCCGCCCUGGUCGAGUGCUUCGGGGAAAUACCGGAAGGCCUCCUCGAUUGGGGGGACACCGGCGACAACACGCCGUCAACCAUCUCGGCCGACGAGGUCGAGGUCAGCCGGGAUAGCAGCCAGCCAGACGCCUCACGACCGCCGUCCCCCGCCACCGGACCCACUGAUGACGAGUCGGCAUCGACCAUCUCAGCCGAGGAGGACGAGACCAGCCGGGACAGCGGCAGGGCCCUUGUCUCCAGGUCGCCACCCCCGCGUUGGACCCCGCCCAGCACCACUCACGUCGGGACUCCGUCACUCCAAGGCGGGGCACCCUUCACCGCCGACCGUGCCAGAUCCCCUCCGCCCUCGUACGAGGAAAUAUUUGGCCUGGAACCAUACCCCGGUCCUCACACCAUCGCCCGAUGCGCCGCGGUGACCCCCAGGCGCGAUCCUCGACCACGCCUGCCCACCAUUGCGGAGCUGACCGCAGAGGAGGCACGCCGAAGAGCGCAAGACCUCAGCGAGGAACUCGGCAACCCACCGGUUGCCCAACCGCCAACGAAUGGCCCACCAUCACCAACCCCGCGCCGCCGAGCACGACGUCGAAGUGCUCCAUGGGCAGACAGCCCGCCCAGCUCAUCCGACGAAUCAUCGUUGGACACCGCCGAAGAGGCCACCAACCCUCCCCACUGGGUACCGGCUCCAGCAGAGUGGACCACGCCCAACGGCACAUUGCCGGCCGCCUUGCUCCGCCGGAUUCAAGGGCGGCUGGCGACACCAAGGCGACGGACGACCCGGAUCUUGGAGGAGGAGGCGAGUCAACGCUUCCGCGUCCAGAUAAACCGAAACGGGAAAGUCAUGGUCACUCUCCAGCCCUCCCGAAGAUGGGAUGGGGUGUGA